UUGUCGGACAUUAAAUUUUCGGUACGCCUCAAAUAAAUAGAAAUUUCCUGGUGAAUUUGAUUAACGUCCAGCCUUCAGGAUACCCAUCUCCAUGUAAGAAGCAUGGACCCGCUCGAGUAUCACUUUUGGAUGCAAAUCGAAAAGCUGGUGGGUCCAGUUCCGGAAAACAUCAAAUACCUUCUGCAAUUUUCCUGUUUCUGCAAUUCCUCUAUCGCCGAUCUGGACGAUGAGCUGAUCGAUCAGAUUGAGCAGGAGGCGCGGACCAUCCCGACGGUGCUGCGGAUUGCCACCAACGAAAAGCUGAUGAAGAAGUACUUCGGAGUGUACUGCCACACACCGAGCGAGUUCCGGUUUCGAUCCGGCGAGCGGCGAAUGAUGAAGAACAUAGCCCUGUCGGUCCGGAAGAAGGGACUGGAUAGUUUUAUCCAAUCGUUACGCACAGUACAUCACCAUAGUGAACCGCGGCCGGUGGUUUGCUCGCAACUGCAGAACCAAGACCCGCAAACGCUCCGACAAAUGCUGCGGGAGAAGGUCCUCAAUGCUGUGACCAACAACCAAGCGGAGAUUCUUCCGGAUUACCUGAAAAUUAUCCAGGACAACUUGGACAUUCAAGUCGUUACGGAACAGGGUGUUCCGGACGCAUACGUCUUCUGCCCUCUGUGUAGCACCAAGGCAAAGCUGUCGAAGGAUCGAACCGGAAACAUUAUUGUUUCCAAUUACACGCUGCACGUGCGCAAGUAUCACGGUUUCGGACCGAUCAGUGUGAAGCGGAAAGCGGAGGACUUCGGCGGACCGGCAGAGUACGUCCACGAGCACAUGUUGGAUCCGAUGAUCAAGGAAGAGCCGGAUACCAGCGGGUAUGAGCAAAGUUCCUCCUCCAAUCCGUACUAUCCGAUUUAGGAUUGGUAUAUUUUUGAUUUAUGUUGGCUUUAGUUAAGUAACAAGGCUGAGCUGUCGUACGUCAGGUAUCGAGAAUUAAGCUAAGUGUGUCGUGCGGAUCGAUGUGGUAAGUGAUUAUUUUUAAGCACAUAGUAAUAAUGUCUGUUGCGUCCAAUGGUGCAAUACAGUAUAGAUAAUCAAUCGUGUAAAAGUCUGACAAACAUCUUCGAAAGCCAUGUUUGAACGUUUCAAAUUCAACAGGUGGCGGUAGCGGUUCAAAUAUUUGUUUAUCUUGUGUGAUCCCAGGCAUAAUUGAUUAUUCAUCUAAAGAUUUUUUC